AAUUAAAACUGAUUACAAGCUCUCCCUUAGUUCUCAGUGGGAGAACAUCAGCAGACCUGUUUGGUGCAUUUAGUGAAACCAGUACAUGAAUUACUAGACGUGUUGGAGCUGCUUUGCCUCGAGAUGAGAACAGUUGAUUUAACCAAUGAAGAAAGCAUCAAUAUGCAGCCUGUUGAUAUGGACUUGACUUGUAAUACUCCUCCUGUCAGCACUUCAUCCCAGCAGACUGAGCUGCCAGGUGGUGCUGAGCAGCAGACCAUGAGAGUUUACCUCCGAGUCAGGCCCUUCUCUAAAGAGGAACUCGCCGACAAGGAGGAUCAGGAUUGCAUAGUGAUUGAAAACAGCCAGAUGGUGACACUGAAUGCACCAAAGGGUUCAGCCAACAUGAAGAGCAGUGAGAAGGGCAUCGGCAUGUCAAUCCACAAAUUCUCCUUCUCACAGAUUUUCGGACCAGAGAUGACACAGUCGAAGCUAUUCGAGGACACUGUCAAAAGCCAAAUGUCUGAUUUCUUGGAUGGGAAGAACGCACUGAUAUUCAGCUACGGUGUAACCAAUGCUGGGAAAACCUACACAAUCCAAGGAACUCCAAAAGCGCCCGGAAUACUCCUUCGAGUGCUGGACGCCACCUUUUACUACAUCGGAGGCCAACGGUAUGAGGGGAUGGACCUGAAACCCUACCUCAGGAAUGAUGCUCAAUAUCUGGAUCCUGACCAAGUCAAGCAGGAGAGAAGUGCUAAAGCUGCCAUUUUUGCUUCAGUCAAAGAAGAGUGUGAUCCUCACAGAGCCAGUGGUGUUUUAGAGUCCUGUUCUACCACCGGUGUCUCAUCCUCCUCUUUGUCCUACGAUCGAACCGUGUCGGCAAGCAACCCAACGGAAGCAGGCAGCAGCCAGUUUGCCUUAUGGGUGGCUUUCUUUGAAAUCUACAAUGAGUUAGUGUACGAUCUGCUUCAAGUUUCCCUGUGCUCCAAGUCCAAGAAACGCGCUGCUCUUCGAGUUUGUGACGACGGUGCUGGAAAUGCUUAUGUUAAAGAACUCAGGUGGAUUAACAUCCAGACGCUGGGCGAAGCCUCCAAAGUGCUACAGUUUGGAAAUAAAAACAGAAGCGCUGCAGCCACAAAGAUGAACCAGUCGUCCAGCAGAAGCCACAGCAUAUUUACCAUGAAGUUACUGAAGAUCGAUGGCGAAACAGUUGAAAGGAUCUCCGAGUUUUCUCUGUGUGACCUGGCUGGCUCAGAAAGAUGCAACAAAACCAAGACAUUUGGGGAGAGGCUGAAGGAAGCGGGCAACAUAAACAACUCCCUGCUCAUUCUGGGGAAGUGCAUCACUGCUCUCCGCAACAAUCAGACCGACAGAAUGAAGAGCGGCUACAUUCCCUUCAGAGAAAGUAAGCUCACCAAGCUCUUCCAGGCUGUUUUCUGUGGCAAAGGAAGAGUGUCGAUGAUCGUCAACAUCAACCAGUGUGCCUCCAACUACGACGAGACUCUCCAUGUUAUGAAAUUCUCUGCCGUUGCCAAACAGGUGGUGCAGGUGAUCCCAGACAAGCCUCUGGGAUCUCUGGCUCCUUGUUUGGUCGGCCGUGAUGGAAAGCCUCUGGGGAGGAAUGGGCUGAUUGACAGCCAGGCCCUGGAGAGCUUCCUGUCUGAGGAGGAGCUGCUCAGUGAGGAAGAUGAGGCGGACAUGUCUCUGCUGCCACAGAAUGAGCUUGUAAAUAUGAUUGAGAGCCUGCGCACAAAACUCAUGGCUGAGCGAAGAAGAAACCUGGUUCAGGAAAUGGAGAUUCGGAAGGAAAUGGGAGACGCCAUGUUACAACAGCUCAUGGAGAGCGAAGAACUUCGCAUUCGACAGAUAGAAGAGCAGAAGGAGAGCUACCAAGAAAAGCUGGAGAACACCUUUGAGAUGUACAAGGACGCUAUCAAAGAGCAUGCCUACCAGAGUGCCAUGAACAAUCUGGAAGAUGACUACGUUCCUCUUGACGAGUUCAUUGCUGAACAGGAGAAAGUGGAGGCCCUGAAAUGUAAAGUAUCAGAGUUGGAGAGCUUAACGUCCAGUAUCAGAGCAGCAGUGUGUGCAGUUCCAACAGUGGACCAGUCCUGCCAGACUCUACCAUCUAAAGCAACCGAAGCAGCAAGUGCAGCGGAUGAUCGAUACAAACGGCUCUACAAAGAAAAAUGUGCCAUAGAGAAGAUGUGUGAGAAUAAACAACAGUUGAUUUUGUCCCUAGAGAAAAGGCUGAAGGAGCUCAGUGAAACCCUUCUGAAGGUCAGAGAUGGCUUCCUGGAGAAAUCGGCGGAACUGGAGGUUUUACAGAGGAAGGCUGAUGAUCAGACAAAAUCAAUGGAAGACCUCCUACGGCAGAACGUUGAAAAGGACCAGGAGAUCGCCUCACUAAAGGCAGAAGUUGCCAAGCUCUCCCAGAAGUCCCCUGUACAGAACAAAACCAAGCGCCUGUUUGCCAACAUCAGGGAGGCGGUGACUUCUCCACGGAAGACAUCAACUGGCCGAUUGCUCAGGAGAACAGUUAAGACUCCACAACACUGAAAAGGAGAGGUUCCUUUUGUUUUUUAAAAACUUAACAUGGACAGUUUUAGGGUGCCUGGAAAGGAAAGUGUGACUAUUUAUUUUAUUCAGGAUUCUUAUGACAUUUUUAUGUUUUUUUUGUGUUUUUAAUAAAAAUUAAAUUGCUCAAACUUC